AUUGUUUAACCUCCUCGCAAAGUGGGCCUCCAAGUGUGUGUGUGGUUUUUUAAAACCUCUGUCAGACACGUGAAGGUAGAUUUUAAAUUUAAAAAAAAUCCUCAAUAUAGAAUAUACAUUUCUCAAAACCUUUUAACUCUGAUGAACGUAAUGGAAAAUCACUGAUGAGAAGUGGAAUAAUCAUCGAUGUAAGAACAAAAGAAGUGAGAAUAACAUUUGAGAGAAGAUCAAGGAAAACCUGAAGGAGCUACGGAAAAAAAAUGGCAAAUUCCAUUCUGAAGAACUGGAGAAGCUUGUACACCAUCGGUAUCAAUUGUUGCGCCACGUGGAGCAAGUCGGGACACCUGAAAUUUGUCGGAACGGGAAUUUUGACGGGAGUUGCGGCGUACGGUGUUUCCAGCAUGACGGUUCUGGCGGCUAGAAACGAUAACGAUUUGCAAAAUCACAUGAAGACAUUCAUGGCAGAGCCGAUCACACCUAUCGAGAGGUUGAAGAAAAACGAUAUGAGAACGAAGAUGGAACUGAUGGUGAUGAAGACACAAGCGGACUUCUGCCAGGCUCUCGAGUCGCUCGAAAUCAACGGGUGUUUCAAGGUGGACCGCUGGACCAGGAAAGAAGGCGGAGGUGGUAUAACUUGCGUUCUUCAGGACGGACAGGUGUUCGAGAAGGCUGGCGUGAACGUGUCAGUGGUGACCGGCGUAUUGCCGCCCAGCGCGAUUCAGCAGAUGAGAUCGCGGGGCAAAAAGAUGGAAGAUUCCGUGCCGUUUUUCGCGGCUGGCGUGAGCGCCGUGAUCCAUCCCCGCAAUCCCAUGAUUCCCACGAUACACUUCAAUUAUCGUUACUUCGAGGUGGAGAAUCCGGACGGCACCACUCAGUGGUGGUUCGGCGGCGGCACGGACCUAACGCCGUAUUAUCUGAACGAAGAAGACGCCAGACACUUUCACCGAACGCUGAAGACCGCUUGCGACAAGCACGAUCCCACGUAUUACGCCAGAUUCAAGGAUUGGUGCGACAAUUACUUCAACAUCGUGCACCGUGGAGAACGACGCGGCGUGGGCGGUAUAUUCUUCGACGAUCUCGACAAUCCGAGUCAGAACGAGGCGUUUCAGUUCGUGACCUCGUGCGCCGAGGCGGUCAUACCCUCGUACAUUCCUCUGGUGAAGAAGCACAAGGACGACGGUUACGGUUAUCGGGAAAGGCAGUGGCAAUUGUUACGACGGGGCAGAUACGUCGAGUUCAAUUUGAUUUACGAUCGCGGAACCAAAUUCGGUUUGUACACGCCUGGCGCGCGAUACGAGAGCAUACUCAUGUCUCUGCCGCUCAACGCUAAGUGGGAAUACAUGCACGAACCCGAAACCGGGUCCAAGGAAUCGCAGCUCGUGGAAGUGCUGAAAAAUCCGAAAGACUGGCUGGGCGUGGCGAAAGGCGGGGCGCGAGCGUAAAUGAUUAAUCAAAUUGGGAGAAAGGUUUUUGAUUGAAAAAAUUACGGAGAGUUACCUUCAAAACGUUGCGACAACAGAUCAUCUAAGACGUACAUACAUGAGAGAGAGAAAAAAAAAUUAAGUAAUGAAAUAUCGAUCGAUGAGAUUUUUAUCCCGUCGGGGUUUAACUGUUUUUUUUUUUAAUGACAGACGUCGAUCAUCUCAGGUGCAAUUACGUUUGCGAAAUGUAUUAUAUAGAAGUAUUAUACGAAAGUGGGGUUUUGGCAAAUGAUCCAAACAUAUAAAAUUUUGUACAAUAUACAUGUGUAUAAUUAGUUAGUAACUGGUUUUGUAUACAAUCGUACGUAUAUAUAUAUAUAUAAUAAAAAUUUUUAUAUUUUUCGCGCGAAGAAAGAUCAAAGUAUACAUAUGUAUA